AUGUUUGGAUGUGCCUUGGUGCGUACAAGUGUGAAGACCCUAGGACACUAUGGAGAUUUCCAGACAACCUACAAAGAUGUCGGAAGGAAAUUCCGGCUAACGGAAGACCACAAUGCAUGACUAGGCAAAUGUGUGAACCUGAGCCAUCGUUACACUUGGCUUUUCCUGGUAAAGGGACACCCAAAUCCUCUAUGGGCACAGCAGAAACUUCUGGAUAUAGGGUGGGGACACUCCAGAACCAGGGGCCACCAGGCUAGCCCUAUGCAAAUAGAGACCCUCUUAGAGCCGGAGCCACCACGCACGCACAGGGGUGUUACAAUGGGCAGCGGGGAUGCGGAAGCCACAUCUACCCACAGAGUGAUGUUGGAAUGGACGGAUGGGAGGCUUUUCCAAGACCGGUUCAAUUGCAGCUUCUAUAUCAGCUGCAGAGAGUUGAACAGAAACCACACCCAGUGCAGCGUACAUGACCUCAUCUCUAGCUGCUGGACGGAGCAUGGUACACCCCUCAAGGACCUCAUCCGGGCUCCUGAUCGUCUCCUAUUCAUCAUAGGCAGCUUCGAUAAGCUCCAUCCUUCCUUCCACGAUGCUCAGGGUCCCUGGUGCCUCUGCUGGGAGGAGACACGACCUACGGAACUCCGGAGUCUGGUCCGGAGGUUACUUCUGCCCCAGCUCUCUUUGCUGGCACCCUGUGCACUGGAGAGGCUGCACGGCUUGAUGGAGCACCCCAGGUACGUGGAGAUCCUGGGCUUCUCGAGGAAGAAAUAUUUCUACAGAUAUUUCCACAACACUGGACAAGCAAGCCCAGUGUUCGGCUUCCUGAUGGACUGUGAGCCCCUCUUUACCUAUGGUUUUGUUCCCACGGUGUCCUGGGUGGUCUGCACCCGCCUAAAGCAGCAGCUGGAAAGUGGGGAACUUUUUUUUUUGGAUUUUGGGAAACUUUUAACACAAACAUCUAGGACCUCCACAGCAGUUUAUAUGUUCUGCCUUCUGAGCCGGAUGCAGCCCAAGUUAGGGACCCCAACCUUCAAAGUCCCAACCAACCCGAGAGGCCUGGUCUCUCUGGCUGCAGAGGGCCUCCGGAAUCAGAAGAUUCUAUUUGACAAACAGGAUCUCGGGAAACACUGCCUAGAUGGAGCAGAUGCCUUCUCUGUCCUCAACGUGAACAUAUUCCAGAAGGACAUCACGAGGGAGAAAUUCUACAGCUUCAUCCAUCUGAGUCUCCAGGAAUUCUUCACAGCCAUGUGCUGUGCACUGCAUGGCGGAGAGCAGGCAAGGAGAGUUGCUGAGUAUGGUUUCUCGGAAAGGGACUUCUUGGCCCUCACGGUCUGCUUUCUGUUUGGCCUCUUCAAUGAAGAGGUGAGACGCUACCUCGAGAGGAAUCUCAGCCGGUCCGUCUCCCCUCAGGUGAAGGAGGAAGCGCUGGUGUGGAUCGUGGAUCGGAGCAAGGCUGGAAGUGAAGGCUCCACCCUGCGGCAUGGCUCCCUGGAGCUAAUCAGCUGCUUGUGUGAGAUCCAGGAGGAAGACUUCAUCCAGCAGGCCCUGAGCCACUUUCAACAGGAAAGGAGCACACUUCCUGACAUCUACAGUGCUCCCCUCUCAGUAGCUGUCUGCACCAACCUGAUCAAACUGGUCUUAUACUGCAGUUCCGUUCCUCACUCUCUGGCUUCUGUUCUCAGCAACAACUCACAUCUGGUAGAACUGGAUCAUGGAAACCCCUUGGAGAACUUGGGGCUGAAGUCACAGUGUCAAGGGCUAAGGCACCCAGUCUGUAGGCUCCAGACCUUGUGGCUGAAGAUCUGCCACCUUGGAUAAGUUUCCUGUGAAGAUCUGACUCUCAAAAUGACCCAGAGCCUGAUGGAGCUGAACCUGGGUCUGAAGGACCUUGGGGAUUCUGGGGUGCUUCUGCCGGGUGAGGGCCUCAGGCAUCCAGGUCCUCCCUCCUGUGAGUGA